AUGAGAAAUAGUGCAUUGAUAGGGGACCCUGGAAAGACUGUGGAAAUUGACGAAGACUGUUGGAAAGCAUACGACAGUCUGAACGAAAAGGGCUUCAACCACCUCAAAGUAACCCACACGUAUAAUUUCGUUGAUCCCAAAACUGGCGCCCAUACCAGACACACCGAGAGCAAGUGGAGGGACGCAAAACGCACAGUCCCUCACUUUGGCCGCCGGAAAGCGCAACUUGUUGGACACCUCGCGAGGGUGAUUUUCCUUAAAUGCCCAACAGGAGAAAACUCUCAAGAAGCCAAAGAAAACUGUAAGAAAGCCACAGAAACCCCCAAGAAAGCCAAAGAAGAAAGCCAAGAAGCCACAAGAAAGCCAAAGAAAGCUGUAAGAAAGCCACAGAAACCCUCAAUAAAGCCACAGAAACCCAAGAACCCAAAGAAAGCUAAACCCUCAAGAAAGCCACAGAAACCCCCAAGAAAGCCAAAGAAAGCCACAGAAACCCUCAAGAAAGCCGCAGAAAUCCCCAAUAAAGCCAAAGAAAACUGUAACAAAGCCACAGAAACCCCCAAGAAAGCCACAGAAAUCCCCCAAGAAAGCCAACAAAGCUUUUUAACAAAGCCACAGAAACCCCCAGAAAGCCACAGAAACCCCCAAGAAAGCCAAAAACCCCAAGAAAGCCACAGAAACCCCAAGAAAGCCACAGAACCCCAAGAAAGCCCCACAGAAACCCCCAAGAAAGCCACAGAAACCCCAAGAAAGCCACAGAAACCCCAGAAAGAAAAAGAAAGCACAGAAACCCCCAAGAAAGCCACAGAAACCCCAAGAAAGCCACAGAAACCCCAAGAAAGCCAAAAAAAAACUGUAACAAAGCCACAGAAACCCUCAAGAAAGCCACAGAAAGCCGCCUAA